CUUUGGGUGGCCGCGUGGAGCGGGAGGAGGCCGCGUCGUGAGUGCGUGGUGGGAGCGGCUCCGUGGCUGCAUCGCUCGCCCACCCGCGGUUCGCCAGCCCCUCCUCGCCUACCCCUCCGGUACGGAGAGGCCUAUCAAGCCCAGUCGAAAGCCUUAUGCCCGCCUGAGGGGCGGGUUGGUGCGACUCCGCACACUCUCCGGGCCCUGCGGAAGAUGUCCGGGGCAAGGGAGAAGAAGCGGGCUAAGAGGAUGAGGAACCAGCCGGCCAGCGUCACCCUUCCCGCCGAGCCGGGGCCCUUCCUUGGCGGCGGGAGCAGAGCCUGCCCGUCCCCAGGAGAUAUUCGUUCUGAGCACCAGUAUCAUCAGCAAAAAUACUCGAAUCAGUCAUCUGGGCCUUCUUACAGGAAAGACCAGUAUUUUCCAAAAGGGCAAAAUAAAAGAGAGAGAGGCAGAGGAAGAGGAGGAUGGCAAGGAGGAUGCCAGAGUAUUUCUGAGGAAAUGCCAAAAUACAUAACAGUGUCAACCUUUGCUCAAGCUCGUGCUGCUGAGAUCAGUGCCAUGCUGAAAGCAGUUACUCAGAAGUCUUCAAACUCUCUGGUUUUCCAGACUUUACCCAGGCACAUGCGAAGGCGAGCUAUGAGUCACAACAUCAAACGCCUACCCCGACGUCUCCAAGAGAUGGCUAAAAAAGAGGCAGAGAAAGCUGUACAUCAGAAAAAAGAACAGUCAAAGACUAAAUGCCGCAAGGCUAGAAGGCGCCACAUAAAUUUGGUAGCAGAGUUUAAUCGCAGGCAAAGAAAGAACAUUUGGCUGGAAACACAUAUUUGGCAUGCAAAGAGAUUUCAUAUGGUAAAAAAAUGGGGAUACUGUUUAGGAGACAGCCCUACAGAGAAGAGCUACAGGGCUUGUUACCGAGCCAUGACAAAGCACUGCCUUCUUCAGGAUUUAUCGUAUUAUUGUUGCCUGGAGUUGACUGGUAAAGAAAAUGAGCUUCUGCAGCAGCUUGCUCGAAUAUGUAGUAUUGACACAGGGGUAACAUUUAAAGAAGCCUAUUGUCUCUCUGGAGGAUUUGAGGGUUCCCUGAACCUUUACCGAGCAGAUCGCUAUCCUGAGGAUAUGCUUGGUCCUGUUACAUUUAUCUGGAAACCCAAGGAUGGGUCUGAAAACAGACAGUUGUGGAUCUGGAUGCAUCCAGCUCUCAAGCAGGACAUAUUGAGAGAGCUAAAAGCAAUUUUUCAGUGUUCAGAGCCUGAAGAAAUCUAUAUUCCUGAGCCUGCUUCAACAUCAGUUCAAGAGGAAAAAAAAAUGGAUAUUGUUCUGAGUCUUGGCAAGAAAAGAAAGAAGGAAGAUGAUGAAGGAGAAAAAGCUGUUCCAGUGAAAAAAAUAAUUGGUGAUGGGACUAGAGAUCCAUUCCAGGCCUACUCCUGGAUCUCUCAUGCUACUGGCAUUGUGAUCAGUGAUAGAUCUAUGGAGAUUCUCAGGUACCGGCUCAUUGGCCCUUUAUCACACUCUGUCCUUACAGAGACCUUGAAAGCUGCUGCUCUCCAAACGGAGAUGGCGGAUUCAGACACGGAACAGAAUAGCUGGUGGGUAGAGAACUGCAAGGAUUCUGCAAAAGUCUCUCUUCAUCAACGUCAAAGUGCUAUCUUUGAGCUAUUAGAAGGGUUAAGUUCACCAUCAGAAAUGCUACCAGGUACAAUACUGGGCCUCACUGUUGGAGAUCCUCGAGUCAAUUUGCCAAAAAAGAAGACAAAAGCCAUGCCAGACUUUGAAAAAUACCAAGAUAAUGCUAAAGUUAGGCAGCUGUACCUGGAAGGUGUACCUGUAGAAUGUGCUCACAGCUUUAUCUGGGACCAAGACAUCUGUAAGAACGUCACUGAAAAUAAAAUCUCUGAGCAGGAUUUAAACCAUAUGAGAGCUGAAUUACUGGUACCUGGAUCACACCUUGAUUUGGGUCCUUCUGAGUCUAAGAUUCCCAUUCUGUUGGUGCAGCAGCCAGGAAAAAUUGCUGGAGAAGAUCGACCAGGAUGGGGUAGUGGCUGGGAUAUCUAUCUGCCAAAGGGCUGGGGCAUGGCUUUCUGGAUUCCUUUUAUAUAUCGAGGUGUACAAGUUGGUGGCUUGCAAGAGGCUUUAAAGCAUUCUGAAUAUAAAAGAACACCUCACACUCCAAAUGAUUUUCCAGACUGCCAGGCAGGAAUGAUGUUUGCCAAAGAACUGGAAACCAGUCUUCUUGAAAAAUUCAAACGACGUCCACCUGCAAAAAGGGCAAAUUAUGUCAAGCUGGGCACUCUGUCCCCUUUUGUUUGUCCUUGGGGACAGCUGACGAAGAACUGGGAAGGAAGAAUGAAAACUUCAGGAGAAUUUGGACAUGCUGCUUCCCCACACCCUGAGUGCUGUGCAAGUGAAGAGCAUAGCUUUUCUGGGCCCAAAGCUGAAGAGGUCAAAGAAACUUCCCCUGAGACUGAGGUAGAGGAGACCAUGGAAGUGACAAGCUCUGAAAGUGUCAUAAAGAAGGAUGAUGUUGCAGGCACCCAGGAUUCUGGUGAGAGAGAUGAAACUAUGACAAGUGACUUUAUUGUUCUCAGGAGUGAGAAACUACUUAUGCAGUUAUCAGCCUGGUGCUAUCCCACUGCUGGAAAAGAUCGGCGAAUCCGCCUUAUUUCUCGACUGGGACAGAAGGAAAUAACUGAAGAUGUCUUUUUGCCAAUCUUGAUGAGCUAUCCAAGGGCUCUCGUAUGGGUGCACCUGUCCCUCUUGAGAAAGGGGAACCCUGAAUUACAUACCAUGAUUUGCAUCCCAACAGAAGAUGAUUUGUUGCAUCUAAGCAAAGACAAACUCUUCUGUGGUCCUGAAGAACCUAAACAUCAUGACAUAUUCAAGCAGAAGAUACAGGAACUAAAAGAGGAGAAGAAAAAGAAGAAGAAGAAGGAAAGAAAUAAUGUGAAGGCUCUAGAAAGUGAAUCUUUGAGCAUUCCAGAUAAAGAAACAACUGAGGAGUGUGAAGACCUCAUUCUUGGUCUUUGGUCAGGUGCUCUCCCAGAUGUUACUUCCCACUGCUCCAGAACUCUCCUGGGAUAUGUCACUCGAGGGGAUUUUUCAUUGGCUACAGGCUGUGGAGAAGCACUGGGUUUUGUUAGUUUGACAGGAUUAAUUUAUAUGUUAUACAACCAGCCAGCAGAUAAAAAAGGACUUGUUUUGUUAAGAACUCCAGCAUCUUUCCAGUACAGAUUUGCAAGACUUACUAUUGAGGUUUAAGUAUUAUUGCAAUGCAGUAGAAUGCCAAAAAUACCAAAGAGUGUCUCUGGUCUUCUGUGGCCUUUCCAGUGUGUCUAGAGUUUGAGGUAAUUCUGAGCCCCAAGAUCUUAGAGGAUUAUGAAAUAAUUAAAAAACUUUGUAGCAUUAUUCAUGAAAAUAACUUAGUGCAUAAACAGACCAAGUAUUACUUCUAUUGCUAAGGAUUUCUAACAGUAGUGCAUCCACUGUCAUGAACUCCUUCACCUCUAAGGAAGAAUAUUGUUCAUUUCUACACUCAGUGCUGUGGUUGCUAUAACAGUACACAGAAAAUCGUUGUUUUCCUUUUAGAACUCUUUUGGUGAGACGGAUUGUAACUUUCCAGUGCAUUGUUGACAUCUAUGUGCAUGUGAUCUGGACCAGUGCAUGCAGCAAGUGGCUUUUCCCAAUUCUUUGUGUGUGAGUAUUUGUGGCUGCAGCAGAGCAGAGCUAAGUAGACAAAUCUAUUAAGAAAGCAGGAGGGUAAUUACUUUGGAAAUGCUCUGUGCUUAAGUUAAACGUGGAUAAAAAAUGGCUUGAUUUACAUAAUGUUAAAUUACAGCAACUGGAACUCUUGGAUUGGAAAGCAUGUCAGUCUCUCUCUAGUCUAAGAGACAAAACUAUUUUUGAGAGGUAAUAAGCCUUUCAGGUGCAAAUUGCUGUUGGUGGGUCAACACACGUUUUCCCUUAGUAAUAAGGGAUAUUAUGGUUUCUUAACACACAAGGCUAUUUUUGGAUGGAAUGUGCUAGGAUUGAAGGUUUCUUAAUUUUACUGUAUGCUUGAUGAAUGUUGAACAGAUUCAUAAAACUUGUAAAGUAUGCUGGAGGGAUGAGGGGAAAAAGGUGUUUGAUUUGACUGGAUGGGGUGGGUUUUGGUAGUGGUGUUUUUUAACAAUAGCCUUAAGCUUCCAGCCAUUCUUGAGUUAAGCAGCUUCAAAGUGAGUUUACAAUAGUACACUGU